AGUCCCACCACUCCCUUAUGGUAUAGCUGUUGGGUACUUGUCUCUCUGUUCCAAAAUUUUUAUAUAUAUAAGUGUGAAACCAAAACCGGGCACCAAACAAAUUUCUCCAGAGAAUUCUCGGAGUCCUCUUCCCACCCCUACUGAUUUACUUUUUUUUUCCCUUUUUGUCUCUGGAGAUGCCUGGAAGUAUAGAGCCAUUAGAUUUGGUUGGUGUGCAAGUUCCUUACCAUUUCAGGUGUCCUAUUUCACUUGAGCUCAUGCGUGACCCUGUAACAGUCAGCACCGGCCAAACCUAUGACCGAACCAGCAUUGAGUCAUGGGUAGCUACCGGUAACUCCACUUGUCCUGUUACUCGAGCCCCACUCUCCGACUUCACUCUCAUCCCUAACCAUACCCUUCGCCGCCUUAUUCAAGAUUGGUGUGUCGCCAACCAGGCCUUUGGUAUCGAGCGAAUUCCUACUCCUAAACAACCUGCUGAGCCUACCAUGGUUCGGUCCUUACUGAAUCAAGCUUCUUCCGUUUCGAAUCCGUUUCAAUCUCGUCUUUCUGCUCUGCGUCGACUCAAGGGACUCGCCCGCGACUCCGACAAUAAUCGUUCCGUGAUUUCCUCCCAUAACGCACGUGAAAUGCUCAUAAGCAUUCUAUUUUCAGAUACGGGUUCCAGUUCGUCGGAGUUGAACCAUGAGGCACUUGCGCUUUUAGUAAUGUUUCAGCUUACCGAAUCCGAGUGCGCAUCAAUCGCUUCGGAUUCAAACAAAGUAACCUACUUGUCACACUUCUUGUCCCAUUCGUCGAUUGAAGUCCGAGUCACCUCAGCUUCGCUCAUCGAAAUCGUUCUCGCCGGAACAAGAUCGUCAGAUCUUCGAGCUCAGAUAUGCAAUGUAGAUGAAAUUUUCGAAGGCGUCACCGACAUAUUAAAAAACCUCAGCUCUUAUCCACGCGCGUUAAAAAUCAGCAUUCGAGCUCUUUUUGCCUUGUGCUUAGUAAAACAAACCAGGCACAAAGCUGUUCAAGCCGGAGCAGCCGAGACGUUGAUUGACCGGUUAGCCGAUUUGGAUAAGUGCGAUGCUGAACGAGCUUUAGCUGCGAUAGAAUUAUUAUGUCGGAUCCCCUCUGGGUGUUCAGCCUUCGCGGCACACGCGCUUACAGUUCCAUUGUUGGUCAAGACAAUAUUGAAGAUUUCGGACAGGGCUACUGAGUACGCAGCCGGUGCGCUCCUGGCACUGUGUUCGGAGUCGGAACAGAGUCAAAGGGACGCGGUGAGUGCGGGUGUUCUGACGCAGCUGCUAUUGUUGGUUCAAAGUGAUUGUACGGACAGGGCUAAGAGGAAGGCUCAAAUGCUGCUUAAGUUGCUUCGGGAUUCGUGGCCUGAAGAUUCUAUUGGGAAUUCGGAUGAUUUUGCUUGCAAUGAAAUCGUACUCUUUUGAAUGAUAGAUUUUUACUUACUAGUUUUUUUUUUUUUUAUAACUUAAGAUUUUAAUUCUAAAAAAAAUAAAAUUUCAGGGUCUUAGAUGGGUAUAUAGAGGAAGAUUGUAAUUUUAUUGUAUGUAAUUUUGUACGUAAGAAUUUUUGUCAAGCAAAACAGAAGAAAAGAUAGAUCUGUUCUUGGUGUAUGCAAUUUUUUUUAUUUUUGUUUUUGUUAUUAUUUCAUAUUUUGCGGGAACUCUUGAUGAGGGUAAUUAGUUUAUGGGUGAAAUGAGCUUGCAAAGUCUUCAAUAAUUAUGAAACUUGAUUUGAUUUGAUUUGGUGGGUGCGACGCAUGUUUCAUAGCUGUUCGGCAGACUUUUCCUGAAAAUUAGAGUUGAACGUUGGCUUUUGAAAGAGCUAACCAUAUUGACCUCAGCGUAGCUACUGGAUUUGAAUUCAAACCCUGUAAUUAAUCCAACUUGUAGUCUCAGAUUUGUUUAAGAAUUAAUCGAACAGCUGAAAUCAAUAUAAUAAAAAAGGAAAAAAAAAAAACUCCAUAUAUUUUUUCUGUAAGAAAUACUACAAAUUACAAACGCAGUACAGAAUCAGUUUUUGGCAAUCAAAUGUUACAAAUGUCUAAGUUUAGAGUGGGGAAUAAACGUGGUUCUAGUAUCUGAUAACCGGUUAUAGAAAGCUGAUCCUCAUAAAAUCACAUUCAAAUCCUGGAACUGUCCCCUGGACUCCAGACCAUCUCCUUCAUCUUUCUUUUUCUCUCUCUUUUUCCCUAUUUUCUCCAGAGAUCUGACAGUAAAAAGUUCUGUUUCCUUAUUAUUUUUUUUGUUUGGGGGUAAUCUGUUAAUUCCUGUCUUUCUUUUUUUUUUCUUACUUUCUGCUGAAACUGGGAUUUGACUUUGGACUGCCAAAGAUAGCUAAGC